AUGGGCGCAAACUACAUGGAGUUGCAGCCAAGCGCUCAAGUCCCGCCCCAGAUGUUAAACAACCGCCAGACAAAGAACUACUCGAAACGCAGGAAGACAAGAGCUUUCGCUCUCAUGCGCCGUCGGACCUGGGCGCUUCCCUUGUUCCUCACAAUUGCGAUUCUCUCCCUCUACGCCGUCAACCCAUCCGAUUCCAACCGGACGCACCACUUCAUAUUCCCCUCCUACAAGCUCGACAAUAACAGCGCGGGGACGACACAGUAUGGCAAGGGGCCGUGGGACAUCGCCUUCGUUGCUUUCUACACGAUAUUCCUCACCUUCACCCGCGAAGUCUUCAUGCAAGAGCUCCUGACACCCCUCGCUCGCGCAUGGGGCAUCAAGUCUCGCGCCAAGCGUGCACGCUUCGCGGAGAACAUGUACACGGCACUCUACGUGACUUUCAUCGGGCCCUGGGGCCUGCACGUCAUGAGCCUUACGCCAGUGUGGUACUUCGAUACCCAUGGGAUGUACGAGGACUUCCCGCACCGCACGCACGACGCCAGCUUCAAGUGCUACUACCUCCUCCAGGCAGCGUUCUGGGCGCAGCAGGUGGUGGUGAUGGUGCUGGGCUUGGAGCAGCGACGCAAGGACUUCCAUGAGCUUGUCGCGCACCACGUCGUCACGGUUGCGCUCGUUGCGCUGAGUUAUCGCUUCCAUUUCGCGUAUAUGGGCAUUGCGGUGUACAUAACACACGAUAUCAGCGACUUCUUCCUGGCAGUGUCGAAGUCGCUGAAUUAUCUCGACAAUAAGCUUCAAGGGGUCUCGUUUGGUGUGUGUAUAGCGGUGUGGAUCUACCUCCGGCACUACAUCAACUUGCGGAUUCUCUACUCUGCGCUGCCUGGAUCCGAGUUUAGUACCGUUGGGCCAUAUGAGCUCAAUUGGGAGACUGAGCAGUACAAGUGUCCUCUGUCGAACGUCAUCACCUUUGGCCUCUUGGCUUUGUUGCAGGCACUGAACCUGUUCUGGCUGUAUUGUUUACUGCGCAGCGCUUACAAAUUUGUCUUCUUGGGGGUUGCGAAGGAUGAUAGAUCGGAGGAUGAGGAAGUUCCAACAGCUGAGCCGAAAUCAGUUAUUGACCCCAUCAAGGUCUGGGCAUGUGAUACUGCGUGA